UCAGCCUCGGUAGAUUGGACGGCAAGUCUUAAAUUGAGUAGGUUUGGACAAAUAGAGGUGUCAUUGAGGGCAUCCGACAAGCGACGGGGAAUUGCAGACGAUGAGAGCGAAUACCCAUCAAACGUGAUUUCCAGGUCUACUAUGCUAUGUGCGGAGGCAAUAAAAGCCUCUAUCAGAGGUUCUGUACCUGAUUUUAGCUCUAAGCUAACGUAUUUUGGGUUUAAUGAGG